CUGGAGUCCGUUGUCAUGACUUCUAACUAAACUGCUAAGUUGUUCAUUGAAAUGGCAGAAUUGCAUUGUUUUGGACAGAUUUUAUAUGCACAUGGUUAUCCAGAAAAAGAUUUGUUUUGCAAAUGGGGCAUUAAGUCUGGUAUCGCAUGGAGGUUGAUUGAAGGAAUUGCUGAAGGAGAAACACAAGUUGAUUGUCCGUUAGUGGGUGAAAAGGCAUAUUUUUGUCAUCCGAUAGACCUGCAUUUUGCAACAAAAGGCCUUCAAGGUUGGCCAAAACUCCACUUUCAAGUGUGGCAUCAUGACUGGGUUGGAAAGAACGAGCUAUAUGGGUAUGGUUUUUGUCAUAUCCCAACAUCUCCUGGGAAUCAUCAGGUUCUUCCUGUUUUUUCAAAAAUAUAUUUCCCAAUAGGUUGUGGUUCCUACGUGGAGACCUGUUGGUUCUGUUUUAGAUACUCUGGUGUCAAGACUAGUUGGAGGUGGUCCACAUCUUCGAAGACCGGAUAUAGUUUACGACCCCACUGACAGAUUCCUUCUUCAAACAGAGAGUAUGGGAUAUCUGACUAUAGAUUUGAAUGUGAUAUUGAGAAAUUUUGAUAAAUUUGGUAUUGACAUGUGAAUAAACACACAAUUUCUAUAAUUUUGAACAUUUAACAUUAUUUCGUCUUCUAGAAAGAUUUGAUAUUAUUUGCAUUUAAAUUUUUAGGCUAAGAGACUACCUUUGUACAUAAAUUUGUUGAAAAUUUAUCAUGGAUCGGGAAUCUUUUUAACUUGAU